GACCAAUGAGGGUGGGAGCGGCUGGCCGGUCGAGCUGCCAAUCAGAGCGGAGGGGCGGGGCGUCUCCAGGCCAUCGCUUUGUGGCCGGCAGAGCCCCGCGGGACGCGAUGGAGUUCCCCGAGCACAGCCGGCAGCUGCUGCGGGGGCUGCGGGAGCAGCGCGCCCAGGGCUUCCUCUGCGACUGCACCGUGCUGGUGGGCAGCGCCCCGUUCCCGGCGCACCGCGCCGUCCUGGCCGCCUGCAGCGCCUUCUUCCACAUGUGCUAUGCCGAGCGGCUGGACAAGGGCGACUUGGUGUGCCUGAACAGCGAGAUCGUCACGCCGCCCGCCUUCGGGCUGCUCCUGGAGUUCAUGUAUGAGGGGCGGCUGGCGCUGGCCGCCACGCCGCUGGAGGACGUGCUGGCGGCCGCCAGUUACCUGCACAUGAACGACGUCGUCAAGCUCUGCAAGAAGAAGCUGCAGGCGCGGGUACCGGCCGAGGCCGACAGCACCAAGCGGGAGGAGGAUGCCCCCGGCAGCCCCCCGCUGCCGCCUGCCGCCCCCCAGCAGUGCCCCCCCAGCCCUGGGGCGCCCCUUUUGCCCCCCCCCGGCCCGGCCCCGCAGGCUGGGGAUGGUGAGGAGGAGGGAGUGCUCCCCCCUGAGCCGCCUGUGUCCCGCGUGGACGUGGCUGACACCACGCAGCCCGGCAUGGAGGGCGACUGGUCUCGUGCCAGUGCACCAGAGCUCCCCCUCCCCAGCCCCAGCAGCUCGACGGAGGCUGCCCCUCGCGCCACCUUCCCUGGGGGUGAGCUGCCCACCCCGGGGGGGCUCUGCACGGGGCCCUGGGCUCCUACUGCCCCUGGGGGGCUGCUGCCUGCUGCUGUCAAGGUGGAAGCCAUUGUCAUCUCCGACGAGGAGCCCGAGGCGGGCACCCGCCGUCCCACCGGCCUCUUCCCGGCGCCAUCCCGUGCCCCGCGGCCUGCGGCCUUCGGGGAGGCAUCGGGGGAGCCGCUGCCCUUCGGGCUGCCGGCGCUGCGGGAGCCGCUGUUCCUGCCGCCGCUGGAGGGGCGCGGGGGCUUCGGGCUCUUCACCGAGGAGGCACCGACCUGCCCCACGUGUGGGAAAACGUUCUCCUGCUCCUACACGCUGCGGCGCCAUGCCACCGUGCACACGCGGGAGCGUCCCUACGAGUGCCGCCAUUGCCUGCGCAGCUACACCCAGUCCGGGGACCUCUACCGCCAUAUCCGCAAGGCCCACAGCCACGGGCCGCCCACCCGCGGCGGCGGCGGCGGAGCCCACAGCGACCACGACCGUGACUGCGACAACCCGCCCUAAGCGGGGCCGGGGCGGCGGGGCCGGCGGGCGGCAGGACCCGGGGGGCGCCGGCGGGAGGGCGGGGCCGGGGGCGGGGCCGGGCGGGUGUACGGCAGUCACGUGGUGCAGCGCGGGAAUAAAGCGCCGCUGGAAAUGGGUGGGCCCGGGGGCGUGGCUUGAGGCCACGCCCGCAUCGCACUCCUA